CCGGAAGUGACGUGUCGCGUAACAUCAGCAACACCAGUAACAACAGCAGUCAAAAUGAAGCUGGACUCAAACGAUGAUGACGAUGUGUCUUUAUUUGAUGCUGAGGAAGAUUCAGCCACAAGAAAGAACAAAAUCAAGCAUCCAGUGGCGUCGUUCUUCCACCUGUUCUUCCGAGUCACUGCUAUUCUGGUCUACCUGUUUUGUGGUUUAGUUGGUGGAUCCUUCAUCGCCUGUAUGGUCACCAUCAUCCUCCUCUUGUCAUGUGACUUCUGGACUGUGAAGAAUAUUACUGGGCGUCUGAUGGUGGGUUUGCGCUGGUGGAAUCAAGUGGAUGAUGAUGGAAAAAGCCACUGGGUGUUUGAGUCCAGAAAGGCCAGUGGCAAUCAGUCUUCAGCAUCCCGAUCCUCAAACGCAGAGUCUCGUAUCUUCUGGCUGGGUUUGAUCAUCUGCCCCGUCAUCUGGGUCAUCUUUGCUUUCUCUACUCUCAUCUCUUUUAAGAUCAAAUGGCUGGCAGUGGUGAUUUUGGGAGUGGUGUUGCAGGGAGCCAAUCUCUACGGAUAUGUGCGCUGUAAAGUGGGUGCCAAAACAAACCUGAAGAACAUGGCGACAAAUUACUUUGGACGGCAGUUUCUAAAACAGGCUUUCACAAAACAAGAGGAGUCUUAGGAAGGAGCAUCUGAGCUAUAGAACUCACACCGUUUCCAUUGAUGAACUUUUAAUGGAUUAUUUUUUUAAGACUGAUUGAUAUUGAAUGAAGGGAACGGUUGCUUUAGAAAUAGUUACUGGUUUGUCAGGUUUUGUUUUAUUUUUUUCUUUUCUUUUGGGUCAUCAACUGCAACCUCAUGUGUUUGACAUUUAAAAUACCUUUAACUGCUUUAUAGUUUUUGUUUAAUAGCUAACUAACUUAAAGUAUUCAGAAUAUGUGUUUUGUUAUAUAAUACUGCAUGACAUCAUGCAUUAUGCUUCUGUUUUGCAGACAGUUACACAAGAAAACAGAUGUACAUAUUUAUAUACUGCUGUAAAUUAUUGUAUACUUUCUGGAGUUAAUGACAUUAAAGUUGAUGAUUGAUUAAUUGA